GUUGUUACCAUGACGACGGUAAAAGUCUGGUUUUCGAUAAAAUCUGYAAAACUGUUGUGAAAAACGCUCUAAAAAUUCAUUGUAUUUGCUGAAAAUUCGUUUAAAAUGAAAAAGGGUAACACAAAGCAAGCAAAGUUGGAUAAAAAGCCUGGGCCAACACCGUCCAAUGUUGCUGUCAAGUCAUCAAGUAAAACAACUACAGCCAAAGCUAAACGAAAGGAUGAAGAUGAUAUGACACAGAUGGGAGAUGACAUAGAUGAUUGGAUGCAGCCCAAGCAGCUCAUCAAACCAGAUGAUCAACUUGAACUUACUGAGGCAGAACUCAAAGAAGAGUUUACCAGAAUUUUGACAGCUAAUAAUCCACAUGCUCCCAGCAAUAUAGUCCGAUACAACUUCAAAGAAAGAUGUUAUAAACAGACAUCCAGUGUUGAUCAGCUGGCAAUACACUUUGCUCUUGAUGGAAAUAUGCUGCAUAAGGAUUCAGAUGAAGCUAGGAGACAGAGAAUGCGACAAAGACAGGCUGAUACUGAAGGAGGUGAGGUUGGUGAUGAAGAGGCAGAUAAAGAAAACAAACCAGAAGAAGAAAAGGAGAAGACAGAUGAAGAGAAGGCCAGACCAGACUCUUCAGGACCACCUAAAAAAGAACAAAAACUGACCAACCAGUUUAACUACAGCGAAAGAGCAUCCCAGACAUACAAUAACCCUUAUAGAGAUAGAGGUACUGCUACAGAACCACCACCCAGGGCCAACUUUUCUGCCACUGCAAAUCAGGAACCCAAUGUACCAGGAUUUCUUUGCUGUCUCUUGUGGAUCAUAUGACUUUCUGAAACAGUCAUAUGGAAUGGUCUGUAUGUACACCCUGAAAAACCCUACAUACCCUGAGUUCUCCUUCCAAACAGAAAGUGGGGUCAUGUGUAUUGAUUACCAUCCUGACCACCCUCACAUGAUCGCACUGGGUCACUAUGAUGGUGAAAUGGCAAAAAGAUGACUUGGAUAAUAAUUUGAAUUUCUUCUCCGUGUCUUCGGAUGGUCGGAUCGUACAGUGGACAAUUGUAAAGAGCGAAUUGCUGUUCACUGAUAUUAUAACACUAAAGUUAGGAUCAGAAAACACUGAAGGACCGGAUGGUACCCAGAUAGUUAGUCUAGGGUGUGGUACGUCGUUUGAUUUUCACAAAACGAUAGACUACUUAUUUCUCGUUGGUACUGAAGAAGGCAAAAUCCACAAGUGCUCCAAGACAUAUUCCAGUCAGUUCCUGGAAACAUUCGAGGCACAUCACAUGGCUGUGUACUCCGUUAAAUGGAAUCAUUUCCACCCGAAAAUCUUUAUUUCAUCGAGUGCUGACUGGACUGUUAAAAUAUGGGACCACACCCACUUAGAGCCAAUGUUCACCUUUGACCUUAAUAGUUCAGUGGGUGACGUCACUUGGGCUCCUUAUGCAUCCACUGUCUUUGCUGCAUGUACCGCUGAUGGAAAGGUUCACGUUUACGACCUGAGUACAAACAAGUACGAACCACUCUGUGAACAGUCAGUUGUGGCGAAAAAGAAGUCUAAACUGACCCAUCUAUCCUUCAAUCCUGUUCAUCCAAUACUGAUAAUCGGCGAUGAUAGGGGAUAUGUUACGUCGCUAAAACUUUCACCAAACCUAAGAAAAGCUACGAACCCCAAGGAAAAGGCUAAAGGUCCCGAGAAUGAAGUGGCCAAGAUGGACAAACUACUCAGUCUAGUAAGAGAACCAACUGAUAAGAAAUAAAGACACGAAUAAUCCAUCGUAGAGGUGAAUAUCAAUAGAUGUCUACCUCUGCCAGACCAAUCAAUCGGUGUUUUUAGGUGACGUCACUAUACAUUAUCUCUACUGCUGCCAGACCAAUCAAUCGGUGUUAUUAAGUGACGUCACUAUGUACAGUUCAUUGUUCAAUAUAUGUAUUAUUCAUAAGACGACAUCUUCAUUUAGACAGAAAAAACAGUGUUCAUUACUGUAAACAUGAUGAUUACAAACAAUUUGAACGGAAUUUCAGUCAUUAAAUCAAAAUCCAUAUAUAUUUUUCGUUUAUUUUUUCGUCCUUGGGUUUCAAAGGCUAUUCCAUAUUCCGCUCUUUAUAGCCUAUUGAAAUCUUAGGAUCAUCUCAAUCGAAACACUCCUUUCGCUCCACACGAAUAUAUGAGGUCAGUCGUAUCCCUAUCCUCCCUAUCCCCAAGCAGGCACGAACUACACAGCGUAGAAAGACACAUGUCCAGUCAAAUCGAUUCAAAGUUCGACAAACUCUUGGGACAUGAAGUAGGAACAUAUUGUUCAUCUCGUACUGACUUGAAAUAGCUGCUAUUUUAGCUUUCGCUAAGGCGCGCAGUGCAAAUGAAGGGAUGUCCCAUUAAUAGGAGUUAGUGAAUAAGUUCAUAACUCAAAAUAAAAAACAUAUUCCAAUA